AUGAGUCUAAAUGGAAAUGAAAAUUUAUUGCUAAGCGUUAAUGGACCCUCUGCAACAACGAAAGUCAAACCAGUCAGUCAAAAAUUUGAAAACAUGCCAGCUGAACGACCAUUUAAACACGCGGUCAAACAUGCAACAAAAACGGACGAUUUAAAAAGAAAAGACAAUGUAUCAACUGAAUUAUAUGAAGAAUCAAAAAAAGUUGUAGAGCAGUCGUUGCUCUUAAAAACAAGUGAUCAAAAGAAAAAGCCUAUCGUACAAACAAAGCCUGCUUUACAAAAUAAACCGGCUAACUUGAAAAAGGUUGAAAACAAGCCAAACGAUGAAAUAAAUAAUCAAAUGCAAACUAUUAAAGCCGAACCAUCUUCAAAAAAUAUAAAUAUUCCAAACCGCAAGAUAAGCGAAACGACGCACGGAACAACCACCAACGCAAAUUUUACUAAAAGCAGAGAAAAAAUUCCAUCCAAUAUUUCAAAUAUUUUGCCAGAAUUUGAAUCAGAAACAAAUGUAAAAAAUUCAUUUUUACAUAAUCAAUUAGCAAAAGCCAAAAUAUCAAAACAAGUUGAUGGUGAAAAUUUUCAGCUGAUUAAGCACUCUGAUAAUUCGAUAUCACAAAAACUAGAUAAGUUUUCAACUGUUCCAAAAUUAUUCAUUCCAUUAAAUAAUGAGAACACAAAACCAACUGAAUCAAAAACGAAAGAAAAAGCAUGCGUUAAUAGGCUGGAAUCUGAAAAUGGAGCUAAGCCUCCUCAUUGUAAAACCAAUGAAUCGACAUCUCUUUUCUUGGCUCAGAAAAAAAAUAAGCCAAUUACGAUGGCUCCAUCAUUAAAAGUUAGUUUAAAAAAUGAAAUAGUUGAAGACAAUGUAUUUCUCGAUGAAGCUAGAUUAAGUGUAAAAAACGAACAAAUAAUUAAAACUAGUGGUGAUAUAAUAAAAACUUACAAACAUCUUUCAACGCCAAUAAAUGCUUCAAAAGGACCUAGAAAACCAGCAAGACCGCCGUUUGUUACGUUGGAUUCUCUGGAUGACGACAUAAAAAACCAGAUAAAAAUACCCACUAAAUCUUUUCUAAGCAGAUCAUUAAAAAUGGAAACAACUUUAAGAAAAAAUAAAAUUGGAAAAAUUCAAGAAGAUAAUGAAAAAAAUAAUCCGUCAGCACAAGAAUCUAGACCUAUAUCACUUUUUACAGAAGAAGAGGAAAUGGAAGAGGAGAAAAGAGCACAUCUAAAAAAAAAAUCUCAAUCAUUUAAACCGUCAUUGCCACAUCAAAAUACGGUUUGUCAAUCUGGCUCUAUUGUCAGAGGAGCGGCCCCUCCUGUGCCAACAAAUGACAAACAAACAAACAUGAACUCGGUAGAGGAAAUUUAUGAUGACGUGGCAAAUAACGAGGAGGAUGUUAUUGAAGAGCUAUAUGAAGAACUGGGUUAA